UUCAUUUGUGGGACCAGCUGUUCAGUUGGAAUGGGAGCUUUCAUCUCAGCAGGAGAGCUUGAUUACCAGUGUAGUUUUCGUAGGCAUGCUCCUGGGUGCUUACUCUUGGGGCAUAGUUUCAGACAUCUAUGGCAGGAGGCAGGUCCUUUUUUUGACCUUUCAUUAUCUUGUCUAGUGUUAUACACAACAUAUCUAUGCCUCUGCCUCAAGUUUCUGCUUCUUUGUUUUUUCUUUUUUCCUUUUCCUCUAAAAUAAACAGAAUGUUAUUGUCUUUUGUCUGCGACCAAGCUGACUACUAUGACAAGAUUUAAUCGAGACAGUCAUCAGUGGUCCUCGGAUCAUACAAUGUGCAUGAGCUAAUCCUUUUUUUUCUCUGUUGAUUAAAAUGAACCUAAAGCCUCAAGUAUGGAUUCAUGCAUCCAAAUUGUCUCCACUUCUCAUGGAUGCUACUUCUAAAAAAGAGCCAUGUGGAAGCAUGCCCUUUUUGUUGGUGAAGGAUGGGUUUCCUUUUUACGGCCCUAAUAACAAGUGUAGCUGGUUUUCUCAGUUCUUUUGCUCCCAAUUAUUGGUCUCUAAUUUUUCUACGGUUUAUGGUUGGUAUUGGCUUGGGAGGUGGGCCUGUGCUUGCUUCUUGGUUUCUGGAGUUCAUUCCUUCUCCACACAGAGGUAAAUGGAUGGUUAUCUUUUCGGCCUUUUGGACCAUCGGCACAAUUUUUGAGGCUUCGCUUGCAUGGGCUAUUAUGCCCAGAUUCGGCUGGAGAUGGUUGCUAGCUUCCUCAUCCUUGCCAUCAUUUCUGUUGCUCCUAUUUUAUGCUGCUACACCUGAGUCACCAAGAUAUCUCUGCAUGAGAGGCCGAAUAACUGAUGCUAUGCAGAUUUUAGAACAGAUGGCCAGAGCAAACCAUAAGGCACUGCCUUCUGGCAUACUUGUUUCGGAAAGCCAACUUGAGCUCGAUGAGAAAUCCGAUCAUUCUGAAGCUGCACAUUUAGUUGGAAACGGGUGGAUCAAGAGCUCUCACGAGGAUAUGAAUAUGAAAGCAAGCUGCGUUAGUACUCUAAGAAGGCUUCUAUCACCAAAAUUAAUCAGAUCAACUCUUCUUCUAUGGAUGGUGUUCUUUGGGAAUGCAUUUUCCUAUUAUGGCAUUGUGCUGCUGACAUCUGAAUUAAGUAACGGAAAGAGGGCAUGCACAGUAAAAAGUUCACAGCCAAGUCAAUCGAAUGAUGACAGCCUCUAUAAAGAUGUGUUUGUCACUAGCUUUGCAGAGGUUCCUGGGCUCAUUAUAUCAGCCGCAAUCGUGGAUAGGAUUGGUCGCAAGCUCUCUAUGUCAUCUAUGCUUUUCAUAAGCUGUGUGUUCUUAAUUCCACUGGUAUUUCCUCGGACAGGAGAAGUAACAACAGGCCUUCUAUUUUGUGCACGGAUUAGUAUCUCAGCAAGUUUCACAAUUAUCUACAUCUAUGCUCCAGAGAUAUAUCCAACCUCGGUCAGGGCCUCUGGCAUCGGCAUCGCUAGUUCGGUGGGAAGAAUAGGCGGGAUAACUUGCCCGCUCGUGGCCGUUGGCCUGGUGCAUGGCUGCCAUCAAUCUGCAGCGGUUCUUCUAUUUGAACUUGUAAUUUUCCUUUCAGGAAUUGCGGUGUGUUUAUUUCCUCUCGAAACCAGCGGCCGCGACCUGACUGAUUCUGUAUAGGAUUAGGAAGAGAAAUGAAUGUUCAUCACAUUGAUUCUUAGAUGACAAUAUCAUACGUAUUAUAUGACAAUUUCAUAGUACGAUUUGUGAAUCAGUAACUGAUUCUUUA